AUGUCGAUACCGGCUGGUACACAACCGUCCGACUUUCUCAUCGGCUGGGUAUGCAUUGUGGAAAAGGAAUACUAUGCAGCAUUGGAUGUUCUAGAUGAGAGGUGGUCUCUAGACCAAGACAGUUCAUUCGGACCAGGAAGCAACGCGACAAGUUGUUAUGAACUGGGGCGCAUUGGAGGCCACAACGUGGUUAUUAACGUUCCCCACAGAGUAAAGGGUGGACUCCUUCAUGCUGCCGAUAUCACGUCCCAGAUGAAAAGCAAUUUUCCCUAUAUUCGAUUUAUCUUGCUUGUUGGGAUCGGUGGAGGCGCCCCUUUGAACGAAGAUAUUCGCCUAGGUGAUGUAGUCUUCGGAGACUCUGUCAUACAAUACAUGAAAGGCAAAAGAUUAGACGAUAGCUUCGAAAUCGACACUGACAGACUGGAGCCACCGCAACAGCUUUUAACAGCUGUAACACAGGUGCGACGGAGGCUGGAGGAAGAGAAUGAGGACCCCGUGGAAAAUGUCGUCGAUGAAAUCGCAAACAGGAGCGAGAGAAAGAGGGAAAGAUACCGUCGCCCAGCCGAGGAUCGCCUACUGGAGAGUUCUCUACUUCAUCAGGACAAUGGCUGUGAGUGUCUACAGCCUGGAUUGAUCAAUGGUCCGAGUCUUAUUGCCCGGAACGCUCGGCAGCCUACGAAUCAUAUAGAAGCACAUCGUGGCAUUGUUGGCUCAGCAGAUCAGGUGCUCAAGAGCGCCGAAGAGCGGGAUCGUCUUUCUCGUGAAAAGAGCAUUGUUUGCUUUGAGAUGGAAGCUGCCGCAGUUAUGAGAUCGACUGGGUGUAUCACAAUACGUGGUAUCGCAGACUACGCCGAUGGACACAAGAACGAUGCUUGGCAUAACUAUGCCGCUUUGUCGGCAGCUGUAUGUGCCAAGAAACUUCUUAUAGCUCUCCAUCCUGAGACCGUUCGUGGCACUAAAAUCGACCUUAAUCAAGAGGAAUUCGCGCGCCGGUUCCAAGGCGUUACUGGUCUGAUUAACGCAAGAUUGACUGGUAACGAGAAGAAUGUCCAAGAUGCCUUCAAAAAGGUUCAGGAAGCCAAUGAUCUACUUGAGGCCCAGGCCAAGCUCUUCAAAGACUUUGCAGCUGCGCAAGAGGGAAAGGACCAGGAAACGAAGGACCUGCUGAAGUCUUUCCAAGGGAAGCUACAACAGCAGGUCAAUGACUUGGAACAACAAGUUGAGGACCAGCAGAAGCGGAACGCGAGCAGCGAUUAUGUAACUCGAGAAGAAUGGGACUCGCUCAAGGAGCAAGUUGAGAGGCGAAAGGCGGAUAUCAAAGCUACAGAAGCUUUAGCCAUGGUUGGUGAGUUGACUGACAUCUUGGGUGACCAUAUUGGAAACGACGAUGUCAGAAGGGUUAGCGAGUAUACAGGGUUCGCGAGCAGGAUGUUUGACAAGUUUCACUUCCCUGUGCGAAGAUCUAGCGAAGCACCUAGCAUCGCCGGGUCUGACCAGACUUCCCUCCAGUCUGGCUUUUCGACCCCCCCAACCACCGCGCCGGUAACCACUGUUAAUACGGGCGAAUCCUCGACUCCCAGCAACCGGCGCAAAAGGGAUAAGGUGAAGUCAUGGCUACCUGGCAGAAAGCGAGACCAUCCAAAUAUUGAACCUCCCAGCCCUUUACCAACGACACCUCCAGAGGAGAUUAUGGCCAACAAAAAGGAAGAUCAAUUCGAUCCCAAGACACCAAGUUCUUUGUCAAACACGGCAACUGUUCAGUAUGAGUUUAGCAAAACACAAAGUCAACUAAAUGUCGAGGCUCACAGUCCUUUGCUAAGAGUAUCAUCGGAUCGGUCUCGAGAACUACAGCUUCCAGCUAUCGAUAGUCCUCGUUCUUUAUCUCCGCGCCGUCCAAAACCAGUACCUGGCCGGAAGCCUGAACACCUUCAGACACCUCCACCUGACAGCCAAAACGGGGCACCGAGCCGAAGGCCCCCUCCUCGCCCUAUUCCUAUGCCAGACUCUUAUCACUCCAGGAACAGCACACAGAGUCAAAGAUCUAAUGAACAUCGAGUGUCUCGAGAUCCCUCUGAGAAAGAGAAUGAUCCUAGCAGACUUAGCUUUAGUGAAAAGAGGAAAAUUUGGGAGUGA